AUGUCGAUUAUACAGUCUUCAAGAGGUAAAGAUCAACUUUUAUUUGAUGGGUUCCGAUAUCGAAGAGCUAAUAACAGUCAAGUAACGUGGCGAUGUGUUCGUAAUAAUUGUGCUGGUCGAGUAACUUCUCGUGAUGUUGAAUAUAUUCAUUUGAACGAUCAUAAUCAUGCACCUAAUCCAGAUGAAUUAAUAUCUAAACAAUUUAAAUCAAUAAUUGAUAAACGUGCUGAAACAUCAAAUGAACCACCAAGAAAAAUAAUUCAUGAAGCGUUAUUAGAUGUUCAUCCCGGUGAUGCAUCGGCUGUACAAAAUUAUAGAACAGUACAGCGUUCAGUUCAACGUAAACGUAAGAAAAACGAUAUGCCAUUAUCAACACCAUUAUCAUUUGAAAAUAUCAUAAUUCCUGAAGAAUUAAAAUUAACUAAUACCGGUGAUAAAUUUUUGUUAUAUGACAAUGAAAAAAAUGAUAAUCGAAUUAUUAUUUUAUCUUCAAGUACAGAUUUAAAUCGACUCUCGAUUUCUGAUCAUUGGCAUAUGGAUGGGACCUUUAAGGUCUCACCAAAACUUUUCUAUCAAUUAUAUUCAAUUCAUAGUCAUUUUCGAGGUCGUUCAUUGCCGUUUUUAUAUGCAUAUCUUCCCGGUAAAGCUGAACAUAUUUACAAAGAAUUUUUCGACAUAAUAUUACAAAAUAUUGCUAAAUAUCCAACGUCGAUUACUAUUGAUUUUGAAGGUACUGUUGCAAAUGUUAUUAAACAAAAACUUCCAUCAACGAAAAUAACUGCUUGUUUUUUCCAUUUCAAACAAAAUUUAUGGAGAAAAAUUCGGGACGUUGGUUUGGUGCAAUUGUUUCUCCAUGAUCGUGAAAUUAGGCAUCAAUUGAAGAACUUCGCGUGUUUAGCAUUUGUACCAGAGCAACAUGUUAUUGAAGAAUUUGAAAAGCUCGAAGAAGAAUCACCAGAAUCAAUGAAUGAAUUUAUUGAUUAUUUUGAGAAUAAUUACAUCGGCCGUAAAGUUCGUAAUAAUCGUCGUCAUUCACCUCGAUUUGCAAUAUCAUUCUGGAAUUGUUUCGAUCGUCUUGAUUUACAACUUCCACGAACCAAUAAUCCUCAAGAAGCUUGGCACAAUGCCCUUCAAAAUUCUUGUCGUAAACAUCCGACUAUAUAUCAAUCAAUUCAUGAUCUUAAAACUGAACAACAUGCUAAUCUUAUCUUUGCUGAAAAAGCUGAAGCUGGAACUAUAAAAAUUGUUAAACGUGCUUUAUAUGAAGAAAUAGACGAACAGCUCCAAAAUCUAGAAGAUCAGAUUAAUUCUCGAGCUGACAUUUUAAUGUUAUCCGAUAAACUUGAUGGUGCUUUAAUCAAUCCAAUAUCAUUUGGUGAAAUUAAUGAUGCUGUACUAUCUUCGCCAGUCACUUUAAACUCAUUAAAUGAGGUUAUGUUUGAAAACAAUAUUUCAACUAAUGAUAUGGGCGAAGAAGUUGCUAAUGACAAUAUUAUGGAAGAUAGUUCAGAAAUAAAUUCUCAAAAUUCAACAACAUCAUUAAAUGAAUGUCAACUUGCUACUGAAACAACCGAUGAAAAUCAUACACAAUCUAGUCGAAUACGAUUUUCUCAUGAUAUUGAACCAGAACAAAAACAUCAUUAUUUAUCUAAUAAAUACAGUAUAGAUGAUGGAUCAGAUAAGAAUGGUGGUAUCAGUUAUAUACAAGGUGUUAAAACAAAAGACGAAAUAAAGAAAAAGAUGCAAGUUUUACCACAUCUUCUGAUCCCUGGAUUAUAUCGUCUAAUAAAAUCAGUUACUCUGUUAGUAUAUGCUGUAUAUGAAGAACAAGAAAAUGGAAUGCGAAUUUGGUAUAAAAAUCAUCAUAAAGGUUUUUUAUUACAUAAUCAAAUAAAAUAUGAUGCAGAAUUUUUUAAUCCAAUUCUAUUGAAUUUAAAUAAUAUUCAAUGGCAACAAAAUGGAGUUGGAGAUUAUAUAUUGGAAAUUUAUAUGUUAACUAAACUCGAUAAAAAAUUAAAGAAUAAAGAAGAAGUUUAUCGACUUGAUGAGCAAACAAUUCUUCAAAUACAUACAGCAAAACAUAUCGUAUCUUCCAGAAGAAAACAUUUAAAACCAACACGUUUAUUAGUUGUUCCUAAAAUCGGAAAUGACACUUGUUGGCAUAUAUGUGGUUUAUCAAAUUUUAUUCAACCACCUACCAAAAAUCUUCCAUCAAUCGAUUUAAACAAUAGUACCACAGUAUCAAUUACAUUACCAGAAGCUAAUAUUAAUUUGAAUACAGUUGAUCUAUCAACUUGUUUCCAAUCAUUUACAGAGAAACUUCCAAUUAUACGUUCAAAUGCUAUUACUACAGAACAAAUCACGUCACCAGUACUUAAAAGAAAAAAGAACUAA